AUGGCGCCUGCUCGGUCUCGAGCUGCGAAAACCAAGAAGUCUAAGCCCUCCACCACUCGCAAACCUGCGAAGCAACAGCCUCUGCCACCGACUCUACAGGAUGUGGCGGAGGAUCGCGUGGAGUGUGGCGCGGUGGAGGAGAAUAUUGAUGUUCUCCCCAACACUGAGGCAAUCAAUGCCUCACAAGUUCAGGAUCAACCCGACCCAUCCGUGACGGAAGGCAGGGGUCUACGAUCUGGCCGCAAGUUUGCACCCCUGCCGCUACCGACUCGCCAGCGUCGAGGUGCUGGCGCAAGCAAUGGCCCGCCACAGUUGGAGCCAAUUCCAGUCGAUAACUCAAAGCGGUCCUUGAAGCCUCCUGAUGCCACAGCAUCCAAUACAAGUCACACAGGUCAGAACAAUGAGAUGCAGGGAUCCUCAUUCGACUUACGUGGAUCAGAGGUAGGCGACGCUAGCAACAGCAGGUUGAGGAGCUCUAGGGAAACUGAUCAUAACAAACCCGAGCCUCCUUCGCGCAACGACGAACAGCAUCUGCGCGUUAGCGACAUCGCCAAUCCCCUCCAUGUCGAUGAUCCUUUCGCAUUCAAUCGUCGAAUGAGAAUCUCGGACGACGUCAUUGCAGCAACCUCGGAACGCCAAGAGAGGAUUUCCGCCUCUCCUCAGGAUCAGGGGCUCGAAAACUGUGAUGUACCUCCACCUCCCGAUGACGAGCGCCCUGUUUCUCGGAACACGUCCCGAAGUACGCCACCAGACGUUGGCCCUCUGUGGACACUUGACAUGCACAACGUGGAGUUCUCGUUCAAUGGGAGCGCUCAGGGAUUGUCCCAAAGUCUUGGCGACGGACAAAGGCCACCGACGCUGGAGUCGGAGGAUGGCUCUCCUGCCAGAGACAACCUCAGCCCUAAGGAUAGCGACACGGCUGUACGUGAUGAACAGUCUGAGGCGCAUCGAGACGGAGGUGAAGGACCACAAGGGGGAAAAUAUGCGUCGCGAACGCGCCCGCCGCGGUCUGAGCCCGAGCCCGAGGUGGAGCCCGAUCAUCACGAAAUCAGUGAAUCGGAUGGCGACGCGACUGAGGAUAAUUACAGCGACACGGAACGGCAAAGGCAAGGUGAAAAGAAUGCCAAGCAGAAGCGCGGUCGUGCCGUUUCGCCCACAGCCGAAGAAAUGGACUACGAAGAUGAUGUCCAUCUUGAACAAGAGGCUGACUACGAUUCCGACAUCCCCGCAACUUCAUCGAGACGAAAACAAGGACCGAAAGGAGCAGGAUCCAGACAUGCUGACAUCGGGAAGAAAGGGCGACACGACAGGGCAGAGCCCAGUGAGGAAUCAGCGGAGGAUGCUGAUGACUCGCCUCGCCAGCCUUUCAUCCCUGGGCCCCUUCCUCGCGAGGCCCUUGAGGAUAUCCAGGACGUACACAAUCAGCUUACGAGCGUUAUCGAAGAUCUCGCAGCGAAAUACAAGAAGCCUCUGCCUGCCAUCUAUAGCGCCAUGGGUCUUCAUGAUACGAAGCCCAGGGCGUUGAAUCUCUGGAACCUGUUUAGUACUUGGUACUGCAGCCAACACAAACGACCACAAGGAGUGUCAAAGCAAGACUGGUCUAGGCGUAUUCGAGAUGAAUACGAAGGACAGUUUUCACACUUGCCAGAGAAAGAACGCCACGAUCAAGCUGUACGACGCGAAAUAAUGAAAGAUAUCAUCAAGUGGUACGAGGAGCAGGAAGAUGAGUUUGUCCAAGGGGUGAAGACGAAGGGCACGUUCACCCACGAAGUCGAGAAGCUUCGCAAGCAGUUCAUCAAUCUCGGCAUGAGCGCACAGAGGACCCUCGGCGUUGAGACAUUUGGAUAUAUAAUAUGCACGGACGAGAAUAUGGGAGGGAUUAAAGCAAGCCGUGUGUGGGGAGGAUCAUCCCGUUUCAAGGCGGUGAUGGAGACAUGCGGUCAGAGUAUCGAGUCUCAGUUACAAGACUUCGCCGCUGUAUUCAGGCUCGCGGAUUUGAAGAAAGAGAACGGAGAUAUUAGGAUACCAUCUCUGUUCCCUCGAUACAACUCGCCACCUAAGCCACUACGGGAAAAUGAAGAAAAGGCAAAGCCUUCAAAGGAUUCUGGCAGUAAUGUAACCACUAGAGAUUACCACCGAUUGAGGGCACGCGAAUUGUUGCAUGCCGGUCUAGGCAAGUCUGACCACAUUACCUCUUGCUCCAGCGCUGACGACAGGAGCUUCACGGACUUCGCCUUCGAGAACAAGAUACGGCUGAAGGAUUGGCCUUUGGACGUACCCUGCCCUGGACCGAGCUUUGAUCUGAAGAAGCUAACCACGGCGCAGGUUGCAGCUUUAGCAAUGCCGCUCAUCAAGCGUUUCGACACCGACUAUGCAGGUGAAGUUACGUAUCCGUACUUCGAACGUUGGUCGAAAGAUGAAUGUGAAAUGGACAUCGAAAGUCAGGGCGAUUUGGCGGCGGUUGUCGAUACGCUGCAAGGCAAAAUCUCGCUGAUCAAGCAUUCUGAAAAGUACAAGAGAGCUAGGAAGGCAGCGGCUGCGCAGAGAACAGCUGCGCAGAUGCAGUCUCAGUCGCGCUCAUCGUCCCGGCAACGCAGCUACGCUCCCGAUGGCGCGUUGCCUCGGCGAGGGCGUGAGCUCAGCAUUGUGGACGAGGGUGACAGUGACGCAGAAGGUCAGAGCGCAAACAUUUACACCAUCGCUCGUCCCGCUUCUCGUGCUGGUCCUCCCCCUGGUCCUCCUCAGCGUUCGUCCCUUCCUGCCCCUCUUCCCGCCCCUCGUCCUGCCCCUCGUCCUGCCCCUCGUCCUGCCCCUCGUCCUGCCCCUCGUCCUGUAUCACGUCCUGUACCGCGUCCUGCCCCUCGUCCUGCUUCUCGUCCGAUAUCUGGUCCUUCAACACGGUCGGACCAUAUGCCUCAGCAACUCUCCAGAGCACCAUCGCGUUCAGCCCUGCCGUCUACCUCUUUCGCACCUGAGUAUGGGUAUAAUGCGAAUGCUGCCUACUCUGUCUAUCACGGAGAGCCAGUGCAACCACAAUACCGAGCUGAUAGUGGAACGAGCGAUCAUAUCAUGCGCGCUCCGAAGAAGCGAAAAUUGGACGAUACUGAGCUGGGUCGCUCUGAUCGACAAGGCCAUCGCCGUGAUAGACGAAGAGAGAAUGUACCGGUAAACGAUGUCGACAUCAUCAACGGUACAUAUGCAAGACCCAGCAGGAGCGGGAUGGAUUAUGAAGAGCAGGAGGACGCGGUGAGGGGAUGGUCGGGACUGGGGUAUGGCGACGAAUUCGCUGAGGAUGACAGGAGACUCCUUGCACCCUCCUUCGGCAAUGGUGAGUCUCAAAAUGGCGCCGCGGUGCUGGGAGACAACGGGGUUGCGGUGCAAGUGGAGCAGAGGCCACAAGCUCGGAGAGAUGAGCAGGCCAUGCUUACACCUGGAUAUGAGGAGGUUGCCGGUAUGGAGGAGUGGAUGGAAGACAAUGAGUAUGACUUUGCGGAUGGGCAGCACAAUGGGAACACUGAUACAUAUGAUCAGUACUAG